AUUACGAAAAGUGUAGCGUAGCGGCGCGGACGUGCCAUUAUUGGAGGACCGUAGUUCUGUAGCCCCGGCAACAGGCGGAUUGGCGCAGCUAGCUUCAGUUGUCGAAACGCCGGCCGCGUGCUAACACUUCACUCAGUUCCCGCUCGUACUUUGGGCCGUCCGUCCUACGAAUCCCGGCGUUCUACCGCGAUAGACCUAUAAACUUUCGAUUCUCAUUCAAGUGUUCAUUAGUGACAGUACAAAUCGAAAUGUAACUUGUUAAUGUGUUAUAUUGUUAAAAUAUAUAUGUAUAAUCACCGUGGAAGAUGACUGGAGUCAUUAAAUAUUCAUGAUAAUAACAAGUGAGUACUACGAAUCUGGCAACGCAACUCGUCAGUAUCAACAGAUCGUUUAAAAUGGAGACUGACAAGAUGUCGACGGCGUCGUCAGUGGGGGCCGCGGAGAGACGGCCUCUGCUGCAAGCCCUAGUUAUUGAGAGGCGAAUACUCUUUGGAUGCACAUGUUUCAUAGGACUGUGCACUUUUCUCUGGAUCGCUGCCGUAUGCACUGAAAAAUGGGUGCAUAUAGAAGGUGGAAAUGGAAUUCACCUGCCGACGGGCCGAUACUUCAUGUACAGCAAUACUGGAGUGUGGGAGAUGUGCAGAUACGUCUUCCAACCUAACAAGACUAUCACUCCGCCAAAAGAGGCACCCCUGAACAUUUCAGGACUCACGGGACAGUUUUUUACAAGAUGCACAAAUUACUUGGCCCAACCAGUCAUGGAGAAUGGGCGCCCAAUUGAUUUAGCUUACGAUAUAAAUAUAGCAAAUUACGUACGGACGAUGAUAUCUUUUGGUAUCAUCAGCUUAUUCGUCAUGGCAAUGGGUUGUGGCUUCUCCGUGUACACCUUCCACAACCCUCGGUACAUGUUCAAGCGUCUUGCCGCUGGCAUCCAUUUCAUUAGCACAUCAUGCACAUUUGUGGUUGUGCAAGUAAUGAUGUCUUCAGUGGACCAUAUGAAGAAGAGUGUGAAGUUCGUCUAUCCAGAUCGUGCCUACCAUUAUUAUAACAUCAGCUUUUUCCUGGCCUGGUUCGUGGUUCUUGUCAACCUCUUCGCCGCUGCCUCUUUCCUCUGGUACUCCCGUAAGAGGAAAGGUGAUAAAGCAGCCACAGACGAGCUGGCCAUGGCUGACGAACCAACAAUCAUCGGCCGAUGACGCUUCCAGCGCAUCAAUGUCACGCGACAUCUCCAGUCGCGGGAAAGCUUCCUCAAAUCUUUACUGAACAGUGCUCAAAUGACCAAUAGCUGUAACUAUGUUCAAGUCUUCCAUGUAAUGUAUUCUACGAAAAUAAGACUAAGUGAUGCGGCCCGGGUGAUGUUUUGCCAUUAGAAUAUUAUUUCAAAAUUGUUCGAUUCGUUGAUUUGGAAUUUUAUUCGUAGUGAAAUCAUAUUCACUCGCGCACUCAGUCAUUUAAUGGUUACUUAACCCAGUCCUUAGCAAUUGUUUUCCAUACAAAAUCGUUACUAAGGAAUAGUUUAAGUAAGCAUUAAAUGACUCUGAGUGUGGCAGUUACUGUUGUUAGUUAAUUCUAACCGUUUUGUAAAAAACGAACAUCAAAACGAAAAGAACUGUCGAACUAUGUUAAAGAUCUAAAAAUCUGGUUUCACUAAGAUGGAAUUGCUGAUAAAUUGUCAGUACCAGAUAAUUCCGCAUCUAGUCGCUUUUCAAAGUCGUUCGUACUCGAUGGAUUCAGCUCUUACGCCCGAUUGGUUUCGAGAACGCUGAAAUUCGUUGGAGCAAUCGCUUUCGAUCACGAGCUGCAAUGAGCUCAUCCGAUUAACUCGAGCUGGGACUCGGUUUGAGUCGCAUCACUAACAUAAUUACACAACGUCAGUUUCAGCUUUUAGACGAUUCUUGACUGAUUCUGUUACCUUGAAUUUAAUUACACCCUGAAUGUUAAUCGUGACGUUUAUAUUAUUACGCCUUGUUAAUCUUAUAAGCGACGGAAAAAUAAUCUUUAUUGCGACAUUUUUUAUUACCGGCUUGCAAUAUUUUUAUGUGAAAAACGUAUUUAAACUUUAUGCGCCUCCGACUUAUAGGAUUAACGAAGUUAACGUACGUACAUCGUGUUAUAAAAUAGCGGUUUUUUUAUAAUUCAACCAUGCGUAAUCUUUUGCGUUAAUAUGUAAAUAUGUUGUACUUUUACUAUGCUGCCAUGAGACUACGUGUAACUUGAUUCUAGUCAUACUUAUAUUUAUAAUGCAUUAUGUUUGUAAGGAUCAUUUCCGUAAUUAGUUUAAAUAUUAUAUGGUGAAACUCAUAUUCAGUUUUGCGUAAACACGAAGCUAAGAUAGAAUUAUAUUUGUAUUAGUGGAAUUUGUAUCCAUAUAAGAACAAGUCGAGUUGGGACCAACGGGACAUAAAAUACAUUAUAGUCUAAACAUCGGGGACUUAUUUAUAGAAGUUCUGUGGGAAGCGCAAGAAACGCUAUCUUAGGAGUGAACUUAGUGUGAGUUGAAACAGUUACGGAAUGCGUCCUGAAGAGUGGUAUUGUUUAUUCCAUUAUAUUUGCAUUAUCGUGUGUAUUGAUGUUAUGUAUGUUCUUCUUAUAUAUAAAAUUCUUUUUUAUUGAAUAAAUUAUUCAAACUUUAA